AUGGACGCCCGGCUGCUUCUAGUCGCCCUGUGCUUUGUUUCAGUGUUUUCCGAACCGGAGUACGUCAUUAAGAAGCGUUGCAAAGACGUGGACGCAGAACAAUGCAGAAUAAACAACGUUAAAGUGGAUCCAUGCCCACGCAGUCCAAAUCUAUGCAUUAUAAAACCUGAGAAGUCUUACUCAAUCAGCGUGGACUUCACACCCAAAUUCUCCGCCAAGUCCCUGAAACUGGCAAUGUACAGCGACGAGAAGAAAACGAACCUGUUCGAGACGGCGGUGAGGGCGCCGCAGGAUGGCUGUGGGCUGCUCACCUGCCCGCUACAGGCUGAGGAGAGGAGGAAUUUCGACGUCCACUUCCAGCUGGCCAAGAUGUCACCGGGUAAAUUCCCGAUCAAAAUGAAGCUUUGGAACGAGGAGGACGAAUCUCAAGCAUGUUGCUUCACCUUCAACGUUAAAGUGAGGAAA